AUGUCUCCGACGCCGCUAUGGGGCGAUUCCGUACGGGCAGACACGCUGCGCGACAAGGUCGGCCGUGUCGUCCGCUUCGACGUCCCUCCAAACCAGGACAGGCUCAGCCCGAUCCGCCGUGCGCUCAAACAGAAACCGCCGCAGAGUGUUACAGGCGUGCUCGCGUCCUUCUGGCUCGACGGUCCAGCGAGACCGAUCGUUACUAUUUAUCCCCUCCACCGCCUGCAACCCUUUCCCUCGGAAGACUCGGUCAUCGAAGAUUGGAGCGGACCUUUCGCUCCCGGAACUCGUCUCUCUACUGUCCUCCUUCCUCUCGCUCGAGACGACGACUUGAUCCCCGGCACUGGAAGGGAGAGGGCGUGCGACUGGUACUACGGGGGACAGCCAUGCUUUGAUCUUGUCGGCCUUCUCGACGCGAGCGGGCGCAAGGCUCGCUUGCGAGAGCGGACAUACGUCGCGCUGAUGGCCGAGAGCUACGCCCUCCGCAGCGAAAGCAUGGUCGUUUGCCUCAACUCUGCCAUCACUUUUCACGACCUGGGCUUCCUCUCGUCCGCUGCAUACCUUGUCCGGCAGGGGCAGUGGCUGAAUCAGCAAGGACACGCUGCUGCUGUGCGCAAGGCUGGCUAUGUAGUCGGUUCACUCAAGGCUUCCCGCCAAACGCAGGCCGUGCAGCGCCAGCCGACAGCGACCUCGACUAUCAGCCAUCAAAACCCUACUGCAUUCUCCUCCGUCAGCCGGCGCGGCACAAAGCAGCAAGGCAGCCGGACCGCCAGCGGCACUCUUCGCAAGAGCCCCGUCUUCAUGCCGCCUCUCGCCAAGAGCACGCUGGCCAAAAAGCUUGACUGCAGCGCAACGCAUACGCAAUCAACAGCGCCCGCAACCUCUGCCAAGGUAGCACCUGCGAAGACGUGUCCUCCUGACUGUCAAGGGCACUGGUUCGAAGUGUCUGGCUGUCUUGUGACCAAUGGCGAUGACCCUGCCGCACCACAUGAACCCGCAAACGAACCGGCGAGCUCUCCUGCCGCGGGUGCGACAGACCCGUCCCACUCGUUCGCCCAGCAGGAAGCGUGCCUGUGUGCGUUAGCCGGCGACAGACGGCUUGCAACCCGCCUUGGCGACCUCGACAAGUCUAUCCAUCUGGCCGACGUGCUCUUUGCGAACGGAAUGAGUUUCGACUCGCUGAAGACUCUGCUGGCUUCGAUACCCCUAUCUCCACCGGGCUCGCCUCCCCUGCCUCCUCUCCCGCCGAUAGUCUACAUGUCGAUGUACCCGGCUACAGAGGUCCCGCUCCAAGACGUGGCGGGCGUCUUCGGGUCGCUCGCCUGCAAGGACCGUCAAAGGACGGCAAAGAUACAGCGGUGGAGACAAGAGGUCGUGCACUCCGACGGCACGACGCAGAAGUAG